AUUCUCACUUACGCCUUUUAUAUUUCGUAUUUUUUUGGUUUGAUACCUACACAGAUUUUUCAAUUUUUUUUUCCAGUAAAGUGUGAAUUUAACGUCAAUAAUGUUUUUUGAUAAUCUGUACUUGUAUAGGCGUGCUUGUAUUGUAUUACUAGCUUUUGUUAACGAAUGAAUGAAAAACGAUUAGUUGACAAUAGUAAAUACAUCUUGGUGAUCAACCUCACCUUAUUUUUAUAAAAUGACGAGCUACCGUAAUCGUUGACAUACAAACAUAUAGCGAGAACUGCGGCUGUAUUUGUUUCUGUAAUGGCAUUAGCAUGUUUCCACCGAUUAGGGGAAGGCCGAGUCAUUCUUAGUAUACCCACUUUUUCUAAAAUACGUUUGAGAAUACUAUACUCAAUAGAACGUUAUCGAAAAUACCCACUUUAGAGAUUUAUAUUACAUACAGAAAACUACGUUUUGAUAAACUGUUCAAAUAUACCUACCUAUUUUUAUUGAUUUUGAAUACAUAUUUUAUCGAUGAGUUAAGCAAUCAUUUUCAUAAUGAUAACAUUUUCCACAUGGGUACAAUCUCAGUAUAAUAUUAUCUUAAGUUGUAGUAUUUUGGAAAACAUUAGGUUUAUUUAGGUAAUAAGUAUAUAAUUACAUAUUUGUAUGUACCUAUAGCUAUUUGCAUACUAUAUUAUUUACUUUUAAAUGUGAUUGUAGAUUAAAAUACCCAUUUGUAAAUAUAAUAUUAUAAAUAAACACUAAAUCGUGUAUCUACAUAUAUAUUAUAGAGCAAAAGUCAAUUUGUGUAAUUUCGCCAGCUCCAUUAAUUCAGUUAGAGACGUAUAUGACAUAAAUUCUUAUAUUCGGCAUAAUUUUAAGCAGUUCCUCGCAUUUCACAAGGUACGUAAAUAAAAUUGAUUGCCGUGUAAUAUUGCGUGUAAAAAGUACUUUAUAAAAUGUCAUCAAGAGUAUCCAUGUACCAGUUAGACUAUCGUUCCUAAACUUAGAAGGGGGAGGCAUGAGCACCGACUCGGCGCCUCAUCCGGUCCUCGCGCAAAUUAUCAAUUGGCCGUCGUCGACUCAGGGCUGUCAGCGUGCAAGGUUGAGCUCCGAUAGUCUUCACGUGACCUGCCCCUGCCGCUCUACCAAAUCAUUCCCACUUUUCCUUGGCCAUUAAUAAUCAUACGCUCACAGUAACAUUGAGACGGGUCAGCUUAUUUUUGUUCGCACGGAAAGUCACAAAUAUGUACUAUUGUUCACAUAUUGUACUUGGUUUUAGAAAAUAAAUUAAUUAAGAACGUUUUAGGAUCUGUACCGCAUGUUAAGAAAUAAUACGGCGUUAAAAGUUCGUAGCGUGUAAGUGCUUCAAGGAACGGCAAAUCGAAAGACGACUUAUGGCGCGUUAAUGCGGACUUCCUGCCUUCUGUGAUCUGUCAAUUUUCUUCAUAAUGCACUUGGUGAUAUUUGAGUGUCUAAACAAGAUAUGUCACGCACAUUUUGGUACUUGUUAACCACCAUCACAUGAGACAGAAGUGCCGUGGAAGCGCUGGCGCCGACACGUCGUGUUUUUUUAAAUCGGCUAAUCCAGUUAAACAACUUAGUGCAGUGGUCAUUUAAGACAAUUUGUUCACGAUUGACUUGUUGACUUUGCUAUUUGUUGGAGCGUGUUUAAAGAACCACAGGAAGCGUGUUUAUUAAUCGAGAACGCCAUGCCUUCACUGGUCCAUAACGGAUACCUUCGCAACUGCACGCCGCCUGCUAUCGACGACUUCCCAGCGGGACUGUUCACCGAGGCUCAGCGGCAGCAUGGGGCUAUAGUGCUGCACGCCUUGAUUUCACUCUACCUCUUCGUGGCCCUUGCUGUUGUGUGUGAUAAAUUCUUUGUCCCGGCUGUCGAGAGAAUAUGUCACGCGCUCAAUAUGACGAACGAUGUAGCAGGUGCAACGUUUAUGGCAGCAGCGACAUCCGCACCGGAGCUAUUUGUGAACGUGAUAGGGACCUUUAUCACUGAGGGAGACAUCGGUGUGGGAACGAUCGUUGGCUCUGCAGUCUUCAAUAUUUUAGCAGUCGCAGCUUGCUGCGGUAUAGGUGCUGGAAUGGUUGUGCCCUUAGAUUGGUGGCCACUAACAAGGGAUUGUCUUGCUUAUGGCAUAACAGUUUCUAUUCUUAUAUGCAUUAUGCACGACGAGUACGUGCAGUGGUAUGAGGCUUUUCUGCUUGUCUUGCUCUACGGAGUGUAUAUCUGUAUAAUGUAUUACGACAAAUCCAUACAAAACUUUGCCAAAGGAAGUUGGAAAUGUGUUUCUAAUAUGUUAAAAAAAACUGAAGCGAAACAAGAUAAUGGACGUAGCACGGAUAAUGAAAAAGAUAUUAAAUCAUCUAAUCCCGGAAAUAAAAACGAUAUACCCAUGGAACAUCAUCAACAUAAUGGUAAUAUAAAAAGUGUCUUAUCUCUCCGUUCAGAUGCAAACGAUAAAAACAGUGAAGUUGAUACGUCAGACAAAGAACCAACUAAUGCCGAAGUGACCAUAAAAAGCAUAAAUGUUGAAAUACAAACAAAAUCAACGGACUUGGAAAUUGUCUGCUCUGAAGAAAAUCCCAAUGCAUCUAUUUUGGAUGAAAACGGAAACGAUUUUAACGAUAAGUAUGAGCAUUCUCUUUGGAAAUGGCCGAGCGGUAGAAGCUGGCUUACGAAGACCACUUGGAUAGUAACAUGGCCUAUUUAUUUAGUCUUCUUGUUUACAAUACCAGAUUGUGAAAAGCCACGAUUCAAAAAUUGGUUUCCAUUGACUUUCAUAAUGUGCAUUGUCUGGAUAGGAUCCCUGUCUUACAUAGUUGCUUGGAUGAUUACUAUAAUCGGUGACACUUUAAUGAUACCUGAUUCAGUAAUGGGCAUCACAUUCUUGGCUGCUGGUACGUCAGUUCCCGAGGCAGUUUCAAGUGUUAUAGUGGCGAAACAAGGACAUGGGUCGAUGGGAAUAAGCAACUCAAUCGGAUCUAACACCUUUGAUAUUUUAUUGUGUCUCGGUCUUCCAUGGCUGAUAAAAGCAUCUCUAACUCCUGCAGAACCUGGACACUACUGGGUGAAAAUAAACUCCAUGGGAUUAGAGUACUCGGCUAUAUCGUUGCUGUCGACAUUGUUGCUGCUGUAUCUGACAUUUUGGUUCAACAAGUUCAAAUUGGACGCGGCGGUGGGGCGGGCUUGUCUUGCAAUGUACGCAAUGUUCUUGGUCCUCGCCACUCUCAUAGAACUGAAUGUUUUCUUCCCUGUCAACGUGCGUACGUGCAAGAGAACGGAACUCAAGUCCUAGGCCAGUGUUUGAAUCUUUGGACCUUAAGUUACAACAAAAAGUGCAAAAUAUAAAAGAUAGUGGUGCCCACAGAAAAUGCUUCACAGUCAAAGUGCCCGAAAACUAUAGAGUGUGUUUGAGCAUUCAGAAUAAGGUUAUGUAAAGUUUCACUUUGUACUUUUAGUUCUUUGUGACGUAAAUGGUAAGGUAGUAAAAUUAGCAAUUCUGACACAGCUCCUAGUGGAUCUUAGGUAAUUGUUUAUUUACAAACUAUAAAAUUCGAGUUAUUCGACACGUUCAUAAUUUUAACUAAUACUUAUUUGGAAGAAGAAUUAUUUGUCGCCACAAAAAUGUCGUUCCUGUAAGAAUUAACACUUGAAAUAAUAUUUUGAAUCUCUUAAUUUCAAUCUCAUAAUAAGGAUACGUAGUUUGUUACGAGUAGCUAAUAAUGUUGUUACUUAGGGCUCUAGCGUUGCACACGAUUCUGUGCGAUAUUUUUGAUUAUAUAUAUUGUAGCUUGAGAACCGCCACUAAGAAUUUAUACGAGAAUAAUGAAAGUGCCGCGCGACUUUAUUAUUAUAAUUCUCUAUUUUGUAUUAACUACAUUUUAUUGAGUACAAUAAAGGUCAAUAUUAUUGUGAAAAUUAUAAUACAAAGGAAAAAUAGUUUACUUCAUGUUAAAUCAUUUUGGACAAGAUUUUUAUUACCGGUUGUUGGCUCAAGUACAAUAAAAAGAUUUCUAUAAUCUCUUUCAAUACGCAAUUGUUUUAUAAUUGUUCAGUAAAAUAAUAGAUUAUUUGCCCAUUAUAACGAUAGUGGAAUAAAAUAUUUAUAAUUAACUGUCUUCAUUAAGAAUCUCCUAAAAAUAUUGUAAAUACGAAGUAUACCAUCUGCAGUAAGGAGUAAUUAAAUUUAAUUUUGUAAUA